GAGCUUUCUGAGUAUCAUGCACUAUCGUAUGCAUGGGGCCAGGAUCUAUCGUCUCGGAAGGCGUUAGUUGAUGGUAGGAAUACAACUGUUGGCAUCAAUCUGGACUGCACCCUUCACCACGUUCGCCGCAAUCUCGCCAAACCAACGUUAAUGUGGGUUGAUACGCUAUGUCUCAAUCAGCACGAUCUUGAAGAAAGAAAUUCUCAAUUUUUGCUGAUGAAGGACAUAUAU